CAUGAUUCACAGGAGCCCUUUGGGUGACGUGUUAAGAUCUCAGUGGUCAGAAUUCGGAAGAAGUCGCGCCACGUGGAAUCCUGUCGGUAAACUUGCAUACAUCAUAUAAUAUUCCUCCCAUUAAACCCUUGAAAAUACGCGCGACUCCCCUCCCUCUCUCUCUCUCUCUCUCUCUCUCUCGCUCUCAGUAUGAACAGAAUGCGUACCAGGGGUGACUCUAACAGAGGAAGCAAAUCAUCGGGAGCACUUGAGAAUGUAUCGAACCAAGGGGUAAACAAACUUUUAAGACGUGUGAAUACUCGUGGCUUAUCGAGGAAGAGGAAACAAGAAGAUGACUUUCAUCAGUGUGAUUCUAUUGACAUGCCAGAGAGUGGACCAGAAAAAGAUGAGAAUGAGAAGGAAGAUGUAGAUAUUAGGGUCGCCUCAAAUGCGUCAGAUGUUCGAGGAUGCAGUAAAGAUGUAGAUGCUCUCUUGUGCAGUGGGGAUGAAAUGAACGAUUCAGAUUGGGAAGAUUGUCCUGUUCCUGUGUUGGACAACAUAGAUAGUUGUCCUGAUGAUUCUUCUAAGGGGUUGACUAUUGAACUUAGUGAGUUACCAGAUCCUCUAAGGGAGAGGCCUACUCGUAGAGCAUCUGCAAAAGAUAAGGUGGGUUCUGCUUUUCUCACAAGAAUUGGCUGAUCUGUGCAUAAGGUUCAUUUGCUUUGUUUACUUGCCAGGGGCAGAAUAACUGACAAUGCUUGUGAUGAUCCUCUAAUUCAGGCUUCCUUGCUUUCUCUUCUACCAUCACACUUAUUAAAAAUAUCGGAGCUUACAAAACUUACUGCAAGCAAUUUAUCUCCUCUUGUCAACUGGUUUCAUGAUAGCUUCCAUGUUACAAGUUCAGCUAGUGCAAGGAGAUCUUUUCAAUCUUCCUUGGCCUUUGCUCUUGAAUCUCGAGAAGGCACUUCUGAGGAGCUUGCGGCUUUAUCUGUGGCAUUAUUUAGAGCUUUGAAUCUGACAACCCGGUUUGUGUCCAUUCUGGAUGUUGCUUCGUUAAAGCCCGAUGCUGACAAAUGUGAAUCUUCAACUGGAAGUAGAUCGGGUGAGGGAAUUUUUAACACAUCAACAUUGAUGGUCACAAGACAGGAAGAGGUGUCCACAUCUCCUGUUAACUCGUUUUUGUGCAAUGAGAAUACCAGUAUCUGUGACACUUCUUUGAGAGGUUCGUCCAAAAGAACAAGCAAAAAGCCUAACGAUUCUUCCAUUGCUGGUGAGCUAAAAGAUAUGACAGUGGAUUCAUUAGCUUGUAAGGCACAGUAUGAUAUAUCUGAAGCAUGCUCUACAAGUAAAUCUUAUAGUUCAAAGAGGAAAGGGGAUCUUGAGUUUGAGAUGCAGUUGGAAAUGGCACUUUCUUCAACAUCCGUUGGGAUUCAUAAGGUUGACGAAGGAUCAGAUACAAAGAAUCUGAAAAGUGAUGUGUCAGAUGUCUCUCCAUCACUUAAAAAGAUAAAAAGAAUUCAAAAUGUGGACGUUUCAAUAUCUUCUCAAGGAAUUUCAACUGCUGUUGGUUCAAAAAAGGUAGGAUCUCCAUCAUACUGGGCUGAAGUAUAUUGCAGUGGAGAGAACUUGGAAGGGAAGUGGGUCCAUGUUGAUGCUAUCAAUGCAAUUAUAGACGGAGAAGCGAAAGUGGAAGCCGCAGCUGCAGCCUGUAAAACAUCUUUGAGAUAUGUAGUUGCUUUUGCUGGUGGAGGAGCUAAAGAUGUGACCCGCAGGUACUGCAUGAAAUGGCACAAGAUUGCAUCAAAACGGGUAAAUUCACUUUGGUGGGAUGCAGUAUUGGCACCAUUGAGGCAGUUAGAGUCAGGAGCAACUGGAGGUGCUGUUCAUCUUGAAGAAAACUCUGUUGGUUCCUUGAAUGAUCAUGAGAAGUCAGAAGCAUCAAGAUCUUGUUCUACAAUUAGAGAUACCAAUUUACCAACUUCUGCUGAGGCCUUUGCAAGGAGCUCUUUUGUUGCCACCAGGAGCAUGCUUGAAGAUAUUGAGUUGGAAAUUAGGGCCCUAACUGAGCCUCUUCCGACCAACCAGCAGGCAUACAAGAACCAUAAACUGUACAUGAUUGAAAGAUGGCUUAAGAAGUAUGAGAUACUUCAUCCAAAGGGUCCUGUUCUUGGCUUUUGUUCUGGUCAUCCAGUCUACCCUCGAACUUGUGUGCAAACACUCAGGACAAAAGAAAGAUGGCUGCGGGAAGGGCUUCAGGUUAAAGCCAAUGAGCUUCCAGCAAAGGUUCUUAAGCGUUCUUCAAAGCUUAAAAAUGUUCAAUUUGCUGGAGAUGAUGAUUGUGGUGAAACUGAUUCUCAAGGAAAUAUUGAACUUUAUGGGAAGUGGCAACUGGAAUCAUUGAAUUUACCUCGUGCUGUCAAUGGGAUUGUGCCAAAGAAUGAACGUGGUCAAGUUGAAGUAUGGUCUGAGAAGUGCCUCCCACCAGGAACAGUGCACUUAAGGUUGCCAAGAAUAUUUUAUGUGGCUAAGAGGCUCGGAAUUGAUUAUGCACCUGCCAUGGUUGGCUUUGAGUUCAAGAAUGGACGUUCUCAUCCUGUCUUUGAUGGUAUUGUGGUUUGCUCUGAGUUCAAUGAUGCAAUAAUAGAGGCAUAUGCAGAAGAAGAGUAUAAAAGAGAGUCCGAAGAGAAGAAAAAAAAAGAAGCACGUGCCAUUUCUCGGUGGUAUCAACUUCUGUCAUCUAUUUUAACUCGGCAAAAGUUGAAAAACCGUUAUGGGGAGGGUUUAUCAUCAUAUGCAUCCAGUAAUAGACAGACAGUCAACGAUAAGUUAACUCAAGUUGACAGCAUUACGGAGGGCAAGGAAUCUCAAGGAUGCGAGAAACGGGAUACACAGGAUGCCAAAUUUGAUCAUAUGUCAUCGGUGCUCAACGAAGACCAUGAACAUGUAUUUUUGAAAGAGGACCAAAGCUUUGAUGUGGAGACCUCAGUGCGCACCAAGCGCUGUCGUUGUGGAUUCUCUGUUCAAGUGGAGGAAUUGUAGCACAAUUUUGAUCUCUUCCGGAAUCUUGAAAGGUUACCCGGAAAAACUAGAAAAAAGAAUGUCGAUUCUUGUAAUUUUAUCAGGUUAUAGAGGUUCAUGCAUGAAUAUUUGGAGUAAGAUUGUAGUCUUAAGGUUCUCUGAUUAGUUGUAUAUAGCAAACCAGGCAUGUAUCUGAAACUAGAAAAAGGAGUAAAUUCUGUAAUUUUAUCAGGUUGUAGAGCUUCAUGCA